UCUUCUCGUUGAAACGAAACCCAGGAGCUCCAAGGGGCUCUCCGGAGGAGAGCAGGGGAGACGAGAGGAGGAGGAGGAGGAGCCAGAGGAGGAGCAGCAGCAAUCCAAUCCCUCCCUGGGGAGGAGGAGCAAGGAGCAAGGAGGACGCAGAGCCGCAGAGACUGUGCCCUGUGCACCGAGACGAUUUCGUCGGCCUUUUUAACGACGGUCGUUGGCGGAGAGUGUGUGGUGGGCGGGGUAUUGACCGACUUGCCGUGGGUGGGUGUUGGGUGUGGGGCAAUUCCGGUCGAGGGAAUUGGAGGGCGUGGAAUCGAUCGCCUUUGUGGAGGAGACGUCGAGUGAAUUGGGUGGUGGUAGAAUCCUCUUCGGGGGGUUGUGUUUGCGGAGGUGGAGGUUUUUUUCCCGUGCGUUUUUAGACUGCGGUGCUGUCGGUGGUGUCAGUGUGCUGCUCCUGUGCAACACGGCCGACUCAAGGGAUUGGUGUUAUCGAAAGCUGGAGGAGGAGGUUACCUUCUGGAUUUGGGAUCUUCCAGUUUUGUUUUGGGAGGUCGUUUGCCGUUCCUAGGUCCUCGCUCGCUGUUCGAGGUUUCCCUUAUCACUCUGUGAUUUUUGUCCAGGCCAUUCUCUGGAGGUUCAGUGCUGGAUUUUCCCUCCUUUUUCGAAUUCUAUUUCUCAUAUCGAGCAGUCCUGGCAGUCCGUGCUUCCCAGCAAGUUUUGACUGAGCUUCCGUUGCUAUUCCUAACUUCCUCUCCGGUAUAUUCCCUCUCUGACAGCUCUCUCGAGCAAUCUCAACUGCACUAGAGCGUACUACGCGUCUCUGGGGUAAACCAAUCACCUCAAUUUCUCGUUACUUAAGACGUCCUCUACAGCGUCUUCAAAAUGGUUUAUUUGUUGUAAUUCUCCAGUGGUUCUUCGUCGUUUUUGCUACCUGUAUUCAACUUCUAGGCAAACUUUGCCGCAAAUUGUUAGACAUGGCCACAAAAUGUGUUUUCUCGUUUUGUCACAUCAACGCAAGCCCGACGUCUUGCGUUUUAAGGGUGCGGGAGUUGAUGUCCGUGGCUUCAACUCCUGGCACCGAUAGUCGGCGUGCUGGACGAAGAGGAGGCUGCCGCAGCUUUUCCUUGAGGGUAGCGUGCAAUGAUGUGAAAAGGAAGGCCUGCUACCCCUCGCCUUGGGCGUCAUGGAAGGAAAAUUGCAAGCCGGAACUGCCGAAGGCUUCCAGUUUUGUACCCGGGGUGCUGAGUUCGGAGUUUGCUUCGUCCAAAUUUUCUGUCCCUGGUACGCAAGAUUUUCGGGGCAAGACAGUGAAGUGCAGUCCCCUUCUCUCUCGAGUUCGGGCUGAAACCUCACAACGGAAGCAGACAUUCUCUUCUGGUUCUGCACAGUUAUUCGACUCUGCACCCUUUUCUAGAUCCCGCCAAAACCAGAUGGCCGGGCAUUUCAGGUUACCCUUCGUUCCAUCGAUGAAGUGGCUACCCUGUAACGAGUACAUGGGUUCAACUUUUGGGAGUCUUCUUGUUAGCAAUGCCGUGAGGGAUGGUUCGAAUGCUAGCCAUCCUAACACUGAAGAACCGACCUCCGUCUCACCCGGAGAUGGCGAUGGUGGAGGUGGAGGUGGUGGAGAUGAGAUAGGCCCCAGCGCUAAAUUUCAAGUGAAGGAAGAUGAUGCCGGAGAAGAUGCUACAGCUGAGAACAACAAAGUGAGCUGGUUACCCGAUUGGGUUAAUAUGACGUCAGAUGACGGGAAGACUAUAAUUGCUGCGUUCGCGGCAUCACUGUUGUUUCGUUGGUUCAUCGCGGAACCUAGAUACAUUCCUUCUCUAUCUAUGUAUCCAACGUUCGAGAUCGGAGACCGAAUUAUUGCCGAGAAGGUAUCGUAUUACUUUCGAAAGCCCGGUGUAAAUGACAUUGUUAUAUUUAAGGCGCCUCCAAGCCUCCAGCAAAAAGGAUACAGUGCCGGAGAGGUCUUCAUCAAGAGGAUCGUUGCAAGAGGCGGGGAUCGAGUUGAGGUUCACGACGGUAAACUUGUUGUCAACGGGACUCCAGUCGAUGAAGACUUUAUUGCCGAAGAACCUGCCUACGAGUUGAAUCCUUACAUCGUGCCUCAGGGCCAUGUAUUUGUCAUGGGUGACAAUCGUAAUAACAGCUAUGACUCGCAUAUCUGGGGUUCACUUCCUUUGGAAAACAUUCUAGGCCGGUCUGUGGUUAGAUAUUGGCCUCCAUCUCGACUUGGGAGCACAGUGCUCGAUCUAAGCAGUCAGUCGUCGUCUUCGGCACCUCUAUUGCAGGCACCUGCUUUGAGUACUUUCAAGCCGUGAAGGGGAUUAUGAAUGUUAUCAUUUGUGGUCGUUGAGUCAAUCAUCGAAAACCGUAACUCUCCAUGUAGAGAGCCCAGGAUACUCGCUGAGCUGAAGGGCGAGGGUCCUCCAAGAUGUGACUAGCGCACAUCUCUGUAACUGCGCAGUUUGCGCGGUCAUACCGAAGCUUGAGUUGAAAGCAUGGAGUCGAACAAAGCGUAUGGCGUAUGGAUCAUCACAUGUCCAUAGUUUCAUUGGAUAGCAGAGCAACCUGUAUGCAGCUGCCCCGCAUCUCUGGACUGAACCAAGAGGCGAGGAGUCAAUCUGUCCUGCAACUAGUAACCACCCUGGCCCGUGAAGGUUGUUCCGAAUGUUAUAUUGAGAUUCUUCACCUAGAUGUCAUUGAAGUUCUUCCAAGUGUUUUAUUUCGAGGAAGAAAGGAAGGUUGAAUAGUAGCUAGUACCUGAUGCCACAGACACAAUAGCAGGGGCACAUCCUUAUUCACAGAGCAUGACUGACAUGUAACUGCUGCUCCCACUUCCGGGCUCUGUCCAGACAUCACAUCGAUCCCCCUAGUGGCGAUGUCGGUGAUCUUAGAGUGGGAGUGAAAGCACGUUUAGAUCAUAGCCCCGAUCCUGUGCAGCUGUGGCAAGCGUCCCGAGCAUUGAAUACGUAAACUCGACUAUAUUCGAGUAAGGCUGCAAAGAUUUCGAACCAGCUGCCGCUGGUGGAAGGAAAGUCGGAGUUGAUGGUUAAGAGGACAGGGCACAAUGCUGUAAGAGAAUUUCAGGUUGACCGUCUUCUGAGAGGAGGCCGGUAGCUAAUGGAGGAGCAUUCAGCGCCUGCUCGAAGAUCAUAGUUCGGCACAAGAAAACAUUUACUCUAUUGGAGUUUUUGUUGGUUACAAGUUUACUCCAGAACACGAUGGGAAUUUCAUCGGCCCAGUGAAAGGUUAUCAUCGUUUUUAGAAUUCUAGGACUGAUGAUGAAGAUGUUCUUAAAGUCGGUGAGGCCUGAAGGAAGAUUGUCGAUCAGGAAAAGUCUGGAGAUGGUAACGACCAAAUUUUAUUUACUUGAAAACCUGCACCUCGGCGGACUCGUAAUUUUUAUUCAAAGCUGCAAGAUAAACCAUGUAUGCCCGAGAAUCUGUCUGUCAAGUGAGAAAUGCUCCAUCUCGGGUCUUGGAUUGUGUCUUAAAGAUUCAUCUGUCCUCGCUUGAACCAGUCUGAGUGGAGUGAAGCGUGCAGUGUCCAAAUUUUGAACACAUGGUGUACAUCUUCUCCAGUUUAGACACAUGUUUUUCUUUUUUGUUCAUCUGCACUGUAGGCAAAAUUAUGUUGCUCAUCAAGUCCAUUCGAGCUCGGAAACGUCGAUGUACACAUGCUAUUAGUGUGAGGAGAAAAAGAUGAAUGAAAUGGUACGCAAGAUGGGUGAAAAUUUGUACUGUU